AUGGGUUCGGCCGGUGAAGGGAUUGGUUUGGUCUUAUCGACUGUGGCAUUUGAAGAUUCUCUCCUCGAUCAAGUGUGCAUUUGUCAGCCUCUUUACCCAUAUAUUCAAGGAAACAAUGAUCAGGCAGAAAACAUCAGCAUGACAGCUCCAGUUUUGGUAGAUAUGUUUCCAUCAACUGGAAGUUCUCACGGCACAAUGCCACAAAAGUACCAAAAUAAUCCACCUCUCUACAAUCAAGCACAUCCAGUCAAGCUGCCUAAACAACAUCAUGCAGCUGCGAAGAGGUUUGGACUUUGGAGGUUAAUAAAUGAUAGCAACAUCCAUGGACAAGUCUUGGCAUUGAAGAAAAGCCUCAAGGGCACCCCUUGGGGAUCAUCAAUGGCAAAGACAAAAAGUGAGGGCCCUGUGCCUGAACAGUGUUGCUGGCUACAACUCGCCCUCCGAAUAUGA